AUGAUAACUUGUGUUUGUAUUUCAGGGAAAACGAGCGAAUCGCUCGAAGCAAAUUUUGCUUGCAAAGGAGAGCUGACUGUGUUCACCUUCGGUGAUUAUAAGACUCGUACUCAAAACAGCACACGGGAAAACAAUGUAGUAAAUGUCACUGUUAAAUCAAAAACAAGCCACUUGGCCGUGAGAUGUCGAAAUUAUCACGAGAAACCGUGGCUUAUAGGAAGUGUAAGCAACGGCCUAGUUACCGACACACGAUGGAAAUGUAUUGGUCUGAAAAGAGGCGAGUCGGCUCAGAUCCUAUUUUGGCGCAAGACAGCGGAUGUCAGCCAUUGGCCUCAGGCCUUUGCAAUCCAUACAAAACGAGAAGAUAGUCUCUGGGGAAAGAUCCCGGGUAUCAGUGAGGACGCAUUAUGGAUUUCUACAGUAGAGGAAGAUCAUGUGAGGCUUUUUUGCCGGCGGAAAUUAUCUGAUUUGGCUCCAGUAAUGACAGAGGUGUUGUCUGAGGGUACGUGUGUUAAAUUUACUGAUAAGGGUUAAUGAAAACAAAGGCAAAAGACAGUGGCACUCGUGCGAGUAAUGCAUCUGUCGGUGAUUGAAAGUGUGAGGUGCCUAUUUCAGAGCAAAACUUUGCAUAACAAGCAAACUCAUUACGAGGACUGAAUUGGACUCGUAAACUCUGGGUACUGAAACAAUAUGGUUAAUUUAACGAGGAUUAACAAAAUCUGAGUCGUAAUUUACGGAGACUACUAUAUGUUUGAGCGCUGAUUAUAUUUAGCAAUUGCGAACUCAGUCACACAAUUACUUAAAACUUGCACCAUUAAAACGUGGGCAAGAAAGAUGAGAUAAACUAAUCAGGAUAGGCUUAGUCCAGUCAAGUUCAUGGAAUUCAGUUUGCCUCAUAAUAACAUACCUGAAAGAAUUACACGCUUCUGAUUUGUUAAAGACGAGUGCAUUUUUCACGUAACACGAGUGCAAGUUUGUCUUUCCUGAAGAUUUCGUCUUACGGGUUCGUGCAAUUUUUGCUGUCUUAGACAAAUUUGCUAGUGCUUAUAAACACCAAAUUCCGCUCGAAAUCAUGUUACUACCUUUACUAAACAUCAAAAGAUAAUAAUCUCCUGUUAACAUGCAUGUGACAGUUUCCUUACUCUCCUAGAGGGCGUGGCCCUUCUGUGUUAAACCAUGCACCUUUUUUCCCGUUUACAGGGAUCUUUCAGGCUACUAUUAAUGAUGUAGGUCACUCAUUACGUAACCACACUCAGAGUCAGCAUCAGGUUAGCGACGUUAGGGAAUGUUUCGAGAAGUGCCUUUCUGAUCCCCAGUGCCUGUCGUUUAACUUACAGCAUGAUUCAGCACUACCCACAAGGAGUUGCGAGUUGAAUGGAGUAACAAAAGGACAAGAUCCAUGGAAUUACGUCAGAAGGCCUGGUUACACAUACUAUGACAGAGUUUGA